AAGUAGGAAACAGAUAUUCUCUCCUUCCCUCUCAAACUGCUCUCAUCCAAACCAUGCACUGGUGAUUUGACUCUUUGUGUGUCACACACUAUUAGUAUUUGUGUCAUAAAUUUCAGACACAGACAACCUAUAAGUUAUAAGAGCCUCUCUCUAACACAUACACACACACAGACACAGAUUUCACAACGCAACAGGGAAAUAAAGCACUAUGCUGCCUCCUGUGGAUUUCAAGGAUAUUCAAGAAAAGCUGUCCACCCAUUUCAGACCUUGGAAUCGCUCCUUUCAGUUCUGGGUACGAGCUGUUGAUAUCUACACUGGCUACAAGGUGUUUCAAGUUAGAGUGAGUUUUGUGAAGGAUGUGCAAAAGCAAGAGGCAAUGUGGGAAAGACAGCAUGAAGUUGCGGCUCAGAAGAUAUAUUCUAUGUGCUCUGACCUUGGUGGAUUUUUCCUUAAGGUUGCUCAAAUUAUUGGGAAGCCUGACUUGGCCCCAGCAGCAUGGGUGAAAAGGCUUGUGACCCUAUGUGAUCGGGCUCCCGCAACCCCCUUUGGUGACAUUCAACUUAUGCUGGAGAAGGAGUUGGGAAAAAGUAUUGGCGAAAUGUUUGAAAGAUUUGAAAUGGAUCCUCUUGGUUCUGCCUCAAUUGCCCAGGUACAUCGAGCAAGAUUGAGAGGUGAUAAGAAUGAUGUUGCUGUCAAGGUGCAACAUCCAGGAAUCCAGGAUCUGAUGAUGACAGAUAUUCGUAAUUUACAAGCUUUUGCUUUGUACAUACAAAAGACAGAUGUCAAAUUUGAUCUGUACUCAAUAACCAAGGAAAUGGAGACACAGAUUGGAUAUGAAUUUGACUUCAUCAGGGAGGCUAAUGCUAUGGAAAAGAUUCGACGUUUCCUAUAUGAGAAUAACAAAAAGAGUCCUGUUUUGGUGCCACGAGUGAUACGGGAUAUGGUCAGCAGGAGGGUCUUAGUGAUGGAAUAUAUGGAUGGAGUUCCAAUCCUUAAUCUUGGUGAUGAAAUAGCAAAACGAGGAAUAAAUCCUGGUGGUAAGAUUGCAGCAGCGGCAAAGCAGAAAAUCCUUGAAAGUUUGACACUAGCAUAUGGGCAAAUGAUUCUGAAGAGUGGUUUCUUCCAUGCUGAUCCCCAUCCGGGAAAUAUACUUAUCUGUAAAGGUUCAGAGGUUGCCUUGCUAGACUAUGGGCAAGCGAAGGAUCUCCCAGAGAAUUUGAGGCUUGGUUAUGCUAAUCUUGUUCUUGCCAUUGCUGAUGAUGACCCUAUAAGAGCUGCAGAGAGCUACAGGGAGCUGGGAAUUGAUACCUUAAGCCAUUGCGAAAACGAACAACAGGAAUUGCUGAGGUUGGCACAGACGAUGUUUGAUACAAAACUACCCCCUGGAGUGGUGAUGCUGCAACCUUUCUCGGAAGAAUCUUCAAUUAAAAAGAUUGCUGUUCUGGCUUUUCCUGAGGAGCUAUUUUCUGUACUUCGGACGGUGCAUCUCUUGAGAGGGCUUAGUGUUGGUCUAGGAAUCAACUACUCUUGUGCAGAACAGUGGAGAUCCAUUGCAGAAGAAGCUUUGUAUAGUGCCGGCAGGUUAAAAGGUAAGGAUAUGAAGAGUAGAGUUCGUAGACGUGGUUUAUCAAGAAGAUUUUUUUGAAGAGUAGGCAUAAAUUAGUUUGGAGCUUUUUAUGUUUCUUGUUUGCUAAUGUACUAAUCAAACAUUCAAACCUCUUACUUAGAAAAAGGAGAAAAAAGAAGGAAGUUUGAUCCAUUUGUUGUAUAUAUUCAGUUAUUUGACAUCAUUUAUGAUCACCACAAGCUCUUGUAUAAUGCCUUCAGAUACAGUUUCAAGUUGUAAAAGUUCUCUAUUGGCUUUUCACAAUUAUUAUUACUUUUUCCCAUUGA